AUGUUCAAGCAAGUGGAUACAUCAUCAAGAAGACGUCCUCAUGGUGGCAAUGAGGUUAACCGGCCUCAAUCUCCUCCACCUCGCUCUGGCCAACAGAGGCGAAUCCGGGUUGUUGAGGUGGCGCGAGGGAGGACGGGUUAUGGUUUUACACUCUCGGGACAAAGUCCUUGUGUGCUUAGCUGCAUCCUAAAAGGCAGCCCGGCAGAUUAUGUAAGCUUGCGUUCAGGAGAUCACAUCCUGUCAGUCAACGACAUCAAUGUCUCCAAGGCAUCCCAUGAGGAUGUGGUCAAACUAAUUGGACGCUGCACUGGCGUCUUGAAGCUGGUAAUUGGUGAAGUAGAACGUCACAGGCGACAUCAUCACCAGCAACGUAGUGCUGGCAGCCGUCACCAUAGCACCAGCACUAUGGCCGCAUCUUAUUUGGACUCAUGCUCCAGUGACGACGAGUUGGACGGCCUUUACGACAGUAGUGUCAACAACAAUAACAACAGCAGGACCAACAGUGGCGCUCGUGGGGGCUGGAUAAGACCCAAAAUGGAUUCAAAGCAGCUCGGCAUCAACCGAGCUGAGCGGGUCGUCGCAGAGCUGCAGUCGGGAGGAAUUUUUAAUAUGAUCUUUGAGAAUUCUAGCCACUCAUCAAGUAGCUCCGACAAGGACAGACCAGGACACACAUCAUCUUCCAAACAACGUCCCUUGUCUGAUCCAGAAUAUCCCCCAUGUCGAAACACCUCCCGCUCCCAGAGCAACCCAGUCCUUCUCUCUGAGGAGGAGUUGGCCCAAGUUCUAAGCGAUGACUCGGUUUUCCUGGAUUCUGGUUUUCGACAUCUCCACCUUCACCACCACCCAGAACAAGACAUGGAUGUUGGUAAUGGGCGGGACUUGGUUCUAGAUCCAAAUCAGGAUAUCGUCAAUGUGGGCAUGAUUGUUGGCUACCUGGGCUCCAUUGAGCUGGCCUCUACCGGCACCAGCCUCGAGAGUGACAGCCUGCAAGCCAUUAGAGGAUGCAUGAGACGCCUCAGAGCAGAGCAAAAGAUCCACUCCCUGGUCCUCAUGAAGGUCAUGCAUGACAGUGUGCGCCUGUGUGGUGACAAAGGGCAGAUCCUUGCCACGUAUCCUGCAGAAAAACUUGCGUUCAGUGCCUGUUGUCCUGAUGACCGAAGAUUCUUUGGACUGGUCACAAUGCAGGCCACAGAUGAAGACUUUCACAUCAGCAGGGGACGAUACGAAGAAGGAGGCUUGAGGACCUCUUGCCACGUAUUCAUUGUGGAUCCUGACCUGUGCCACCACCAGGUGCAUUUGGGAGUGGCCAGGAGGUUUGGCUUUGAAUGUACCCCUGACCAAGACACAGGAGGAUGCCUGGAAUUCCCACCCACUUCUCAGUCUCUCCUCCAUUUCGUGUCUGUACUUUACCGGGACAUGGGAGACAACAUCGAGGGGGUACGCGUCCGAGCCUUUCCCGAUCCAGAUAACGAUGCCCAGCAGAACCACAGCACCAGCAGUAAUAGUGAUAGUGGCAUUGGUAACUUUUUACCUGAAGAGAAGAGCAACAGAGUGCUCCUGGUUGACCUCGGAGGGCCUCCUAACCACAAUCAUGUCUCUGGGCCGCGCCACUGGGACAGCCCACCUUCCUCACAGCAGGGUUGGAGCCCCACCCUUGGAGCUACUGCCUCCCACCCGCCUCCUCCUCCGCCCGCUAUAAGGAGUAGCCACUACCGCCAUGAAUCAUACCUGGCUGACCUCCCUCAUCCUCUUCCACUGACGCACAGUGACGUAGCAGCUCGACACGGUCGAGGGGUCCAGCCGCACCACUACUCGCAGGGAAAGUGGGUAGGAGCUGCCGGGGGCGGAGACAAGAGAGGGGCUGGAGGAGGGGCGGAGUCUCAGCGUUGGCUUCCAGUCCAUGUGCUGAGAGACUGGCAUCAGCAACACCACCACCUCCACGGCCUGAGCAGCGAUCAGGAGUCAUACGCCGAAUCCACGGACGGGUGGUCGUCAGCUAAUUGCAGCACCCUGCCUCCGCCCAUGAAUAAGAUCCCCGCUGACCGUUACCGGGCACCGCUGGUCCGCGGAGACCACCUGCCGCCACCUGGGGGGACCCAGCCUCCACCUCCUUCCCAUGUUCAGACCAACAGCCAACGGAUGACUGCUCAGAAAGAUGAGUGGGCAAAGAAAGUGUUUGGUGCUGGAGAUAGGAGUGAAACAGAAAAGAAGCGUGGUGGUUCAAAAGAUGCAGAGAAAAAGGGUGGCCGGUUUCGAGGUUUGACAAUGGGUUUCCCUGCGCUCCCGCAGCGCUCCUCAGCCAGACGCUCCUUUGGACGUUCCAAACGCCUCAGCUUGGCCCGUUCCCUAGAUGACCUAGAGUCUACUGCAGUCUCCGACGGAGAACUGAACAGUGUGGAGCUGCAGGGCUGCAGUAGUGACAACAGUUUGAACAGCAAUGCCAGUCUACCCAGUGUGCAGAGUCACCGGCGCCACACCGAAAGGAGAGUGGCCAGCUGGGCCGUGUGCUUUGAGAGGUUGCUGCAGGACCCAGUGGGAGUCCGCUACUUCUCGGAAUUCCUGAAGAAAGAGUUCAGUGAGGAGAAUAUUUUGUUCUGGCAGGCAUGUGAGUUCUUCAGCCACAUCCCUGAAAAUGACAAGAAGCAGUUAUCUCAGCGAGCCAGAGAAAUCUACAAUAGCUUCUUGUCCAGUAAAGCUACCACACCGGUCAACAUAGACAAUCAAGCUCAGCUCGCUGACGACAUCCUCAAUGCCCCUCGACCUGACAUGUUCAAGGAGCAGCAGUUACAGAUUUUCAACCUGAUGAAGUUUGACAGCUAUACACGUUUCCUCAAGUCUCUGCUCUAUCAAGCAUGUAUGUUAGCAGAGGUGGAGGGCCGACCCCUUCCUGACCCUUAUCACAUUCCCAGCAGCCCCACCUCAAAGCACAGCACCACUGGCUCGGAUCGCUCCAACCUUUCCACACCCAAAAAGGAAGACAAAAGGAGCAAGUCAGGCCGCUCGUUGAAUGAUGAGAGUCGAGAUGAUUCAGGAGACAGGAGGAAGGGCAUGUUCUUCUCCUGGUCCCGUAACAGGAGCUUUGGCAAAGGUCCAAAGAAACGAGAGCUGAUCGACUUUAAUUACAAUUUCUCGGGUAGCAAUGGUCGUCGUGAAUCCCAGGGUUCUCUGUCUUCAGGCACCAGCCUGGAGCUUGGGACAUCUGGUUCGGGGAAGAAUGAGGGAGACACUUCUCGUGUGGCGGUAUCAGAGCGUGCCGGAGGCAGUGUCCCUCUAAGACAGUGUAACAUAAACUUGCCAGAUGGCUCUUGUUGCUCUGUGCCGCUGAGGGCUGGUGUGUCCAUCAGAGAUUUGUUGCUGGGGCUUUGUGAGAAGCUCUGCAUCAACCUGGCAGCUAUCGACCUCUUCUUGGUCGGAGGGGAGAAGCCACUUGUUUUGGACCAAGACUGUAUGACGUUAUGCUCUCGGGAUCUCAGACUUGAAAAACGCACACUCUUUAGGCUAGAUUUGGUCCCUAUUAACCGCUCAGUCGGACUAAAAGCAAAGCCUACCAAGCCAGUGACUGAGGUUCUCAGGCCGGUGGUGGCAAAAUACGGGCUUCACCUCUCAGAUUUGGUGGCACGCAUUAGCGGGGAAUCUGAGCCCUUAGAUCUUGGUCUUCCAAUAUCCAAUCUGGAUGGGCUGAGAGUGGUAUUGGAUUCAGCAGAGCACAUACCUGGAAAAGCACCAUCUAAAAGCCACAUCGGGGCUUCUACCAGCAGAAACCAAUCAACAACAGGGGAGGACAGGCAGUCAAGGAAAGCCGCUUCCACCCACCCCCAAGGGGAAAACGGCAAGGCUGACACAAGGAGCCAGCCUUUACCCAACCACUCUGUCUCUCUUCAUAAGGCUCCGGAGAAACGGAAGCAGAAAAAGAUUAAUAUAGACGAAGCUGAAGAGUUCUUCGACCUCAUAUCCAAAGCUCAGAGCAACAGAGCUGACGACCAGCGAGGCCUCCUGAACAAAAGUGACCUCCAGCUCCCGGACUUCCUACGCCUGUCGCCGUCAGCGACUGGUCGAGCCGCACCUCCGCCCUAUGACCCCGAGCCUGGUUGCUCUACCCCUUAUUCCCGUAACCCGGGCAACGACAGGGCGAGCGGAGGCCAUUUUCUCAGCGCUCAUCAUCAGUCUCAAAGUUUGGACUCUGCACUGGGCUCUGACAACAGCGGGUGGGGAAAUGCCAGACCUCCUUCUUCACAGUUUCCCGCUGCGCUCUCUCCUAUCCACCCGUCCCGAGAGGCACAGCGUAGUGCGUUCAAGGACACGUGCAAGGGAGCUUCAGUCCAGAUGCUGGAAGAAGACGCCCUGUCGGACCUAACGCUAGUGGGCGAAGGGGACAUCGACAGUCCCAGCCUCAACUACGUCCAGCCAUCUCCCCUGCAGCCUAAACCCCAACAGCAAACACAGGACUUUCGGCCUGGCUCAGGUACCUCUCCUGUUUGA